GAAGAAUAUAUGUGAUAUUUUAAACAGAAACCUGGUUGGCAGCAGAUGGCUGACUAAGAUUGAAUUGGAAGAAAUGUUGUUAGAAAAACUGUCAGAUACUGAUUAUUUGAGAUUUAUUCAGCUCUUAGAAAAAUUGGCAGCGUUGCCAUGCGGUGACAUGGAGGAGAAGUACAUACAGAAGUUUUCCAAGGAAGUUCCUGUGCAGUUGCAGAAGGUGGUUAUUGAGCCCUUGCAGUAUGAUGAGCGAGGAGUGGCCUUCAGCACUGGUGAAGGUAGAAGAAAAACUGCAAGAGCUACUGCAGUCGUUCAUGACAACGGGAGUGGAAAAAUCACAGUGAAUGGAAUAGACAUUUUGCACUACUUCCCAGUGCUGCAGGACAGGGAACAGUUGUUGUUCCCUUUCCAGUUUCUUGACAGAAUUGGAAAACACGACACGAUUUGCACAGUCUCUGGUGGAGGAAGAUCUGCACAGGCUGGAGCAAUACGUUUAGCCACUGCAAGAGCCUUAAGGAGUUUUGUGACAGAAAAGGAGGUGGAAUUCAUGAGGCAAGCUGGAUUGCUAACAGUUGACCCUCGUGUGAAGGAACGGAAGAAGCCUGGUCAAGAGGGAGCCAGACGGAAGUUCACCUGGAAAAAACGAUAAGUUUGGGUAUUUCAAGAAUGGCAGAGUGCUGCCAAAAUUUCUGAUUUAAAACUGUUGUGUAAAUUUAUUCAGUAAUAAAGACUUUUUU